UUAGUCUCGUUCGUAUGCAUUUGAAAAAUUUCAAUCCUUCCUCUGUUAUUUUGCAGAGGUAAUCUGUGUUUUUGCUUAGAUAAUAUAUUUAGGUAUGAGUGAUAUUGACAAAAUGGAAUUAGCUUUGGUCCUUUGUCGAGGUGAGUUAAGGCCAACUUUUAAUCGGUAUUGCUCUUCUAAUUGAGAUAUGACAGUCUAAUUCAUCCUUACCUACAUUGUCUGGGGGUGUCCUUUUAUUUUAAAGAUGUUAUGUGUUGUCUAUUUAUUGAAUCUGAUGCUUUAUCUUUAGGUUGUGCAAUUCGACUAGUGAGUUGGAUAUGAGAAAAUCACUUCAAAGAUGAAACAUCUGGUUUACUGUGUGUUGGAUCCCCGUUUUUUUUUGCUGUGACAUCCUUCAGGUUUGGAUUCCGCUUGGUCCGUUUAUAGUCUUGCUACCGUCUGUUGUUCGUGAUGCUUCGGCGUUGCACUCCUUGCAUUACUCGUUUCAUGGUGGUGGUUAAAUGGCUUAGUAUGUUGACGGUUAUGAUUCACGGUGGCAGGAGGUUCGAAUUUGUGUUGGUAUUUUGUGCUAAUAUGCUGUUUUCUGUCUUCAGGUCUUCUGCGGUGGGGAGGUUAGUGUUUCUAUUGUCAGCGGCGCAUCCCAAGAUUGCCUUGCAUUUUACGGGUGGCAUAUUCACCUGCUUAGGUUGGUUGCUACCCUGAAUCUCACUUACUCCUUUCCUCAAGUGAUGGAUGUGGACAUUUUUGAUGGAGUCGGUGUGCAGUUUUCACGUUCCCUGUUGGACGUUUUCUAAUGAUUCCUGCCAAGCUGUAGGUCGCCCCGUUACCGAACUGUUUGCGUCAAUCGGGUUUCGCUGAGGUGCGUUGUGGAUUUUUUUACUGGGCUGCUUCCCUAGGAGGCUUCGUCCGCUUUACCCCCUUGAGACCAGUAUUGCCACCGUUUGUUCGUAAUGAUAAGGAAGUUAACAAAUGACGUCACUCGCAAUAGAGCAGCUGAUUUCACAUGGUUCAAGUAAAAGUAUAUUUAGAUAAAACUAGUAAGAAAACUAGCUGCCUGGGGAGGUAGAAGAAAUCAUUGUCCACCUCUUCCUGGUAAAUUGGCCUACUAGUAUAAAAUGGUGAGAAUUGUGGAGAAUGACAUGUAAAUUCUAAAUAUAGAACUAACUAAGACAGGCAAUGUCCUUACAAUAUCCACCUCCAACAAUUCUUCCCCGUUCACCUUCACUCCGGAGUCGCUGCAGUUGGUUCUUGUACAAAUGUGUGGCCGUCCCAUCGCAAUAUCUCAGUCGUGUACUGUUCGUCGCUAAAUCGGACGUCGUCGGUAUCUUGACGUUUCUCUUGAAGACAGGAAAUGUCAAGGGCGAAUUGGUCUAAUUUUGAUUUAAUUAACCAUGUGGAUGACUUUCCGUUUCCAUGGCUUAGACUACCUGAAGAUUUGGAUCGACAACUCGAUCGCUAUUUGAUCGCCAUCAACCAGAAGAGAGAUGUCACCGGUCUUGUUUGCUUGGCGAUCGCUUUGCAGCUGAUUGAGAAUCAAGAAAAAUUCUCUUCGCUUUCCAUCCGGCCCGACUCACCUGCCCAACUGCAGUUCAAUAUUCCAGCUGUAGGCAAUGCCCCGGAGAUCACAGUUGACUUUAAUGCGUCCGCAAUUGAAGAAAUUCCAGCAGCUUAUGGUGUGGCCCGGAAGCAUUUCUAUUCCUCGGUCUUGCAAGCCUAUGCUGUCGCCUGGAAAUGGAUUGUCCAGCUGACGGCCUGCUCUCAAGUUCAUCCUUUGCAGAUCAAAGACGUGGCCAAUUACUUCAACCAGUUUCCAGAUUUCAAGAAAAUUACUUCGUUCAACGGCCAUGAAGUGGAUUGCAGCGCUGUUCUCCCGUACGUCAAAUUUUCUGCGCCCGGAAUCAAAUGGCCGCAAUCGGACCGGGCCCACAAACUUGUGGCUAAUGACGAAAUCCGUGCCAACUUUCUGAGCGAUUCUUUUUUUGUUAAACAUCACACGACCUUCUCGCCGACUGCUGAAAUUUGUCGUCAACUUAUCGACGGGCUCGGGUGUCACGUUGGCGAGUUCGAAAUCGACGCAGAAAUGAUUGAGGCUGUUGAUCAAUCGUUGGCCAACUAUUGGGACCGGUCGUUUCACGCUAAAAUUCCUGUCAAACUUCGAGCUAUGGCAGCCGCUUACGCCGAGUUCCAAGGGAGGGACUAUGCAAACUGGACAGAAGGGAAAAUGGCCUUAUCCGAAACUAAUCCCAUUUUGAUCGAUAUCUGGAAAGAUAUGUUUAAAAUUUAUUAAAAAUUUAAACUUUCCAGUGGGGAAUUGUUGACCCUUAUUGUGUUAAGCUUUUCUUUCUCUAUUUAAAGAUUCGUCAUCAUUCCAUUUCCAUUCUCCACAUCGUAAUCUUUGAGUGUAUUGUUAGACGGAUUUUUUAGAAUCUGAAAUGCAAUUUUUCUAAUGCUAAUAUUUGUAUUAGUUUUAUAUAGUUUUCCUGAAUUAUUUGUUUAAGUUUAAGACGUAGUACUACAAUUGAAUUUUGAGAAAGUCUUACGUAACGUAACUGUGCUCACUAGAUGGCCUGAUGUUUACAAUCGAUUCAACUGAAUUUUGAAUCAGCCUAUGUGGUAUGUAGCAGCCAAUGAGAAGUCUAAAGGGACUGUUUAGAGUAAUAAGAUGCUGGGCAAGAACGUUGCGCAAGAAUGUAAGAACGUUGCGGAAUCC